UAAAUACCCCCCCCCCCCCACAAAAACAACAAAACUGCUUCACGAAGCAGGAGCAGCUCUUUACAAAAGUAGUUGCAAAAAUAUUUCGCUCAGAUGUUAACUAAGGUCAGACUUCGAACAGUUUAAAUUGCUGAUUAAACCGAACGAAAGCCUGAAAUAAAGAAACCACUUGAAACUAGAAACGUAUAUAAAGGAAUCACCAAAAAAGAAAUAUGUUGCUAUCAUUACAGCGAAGCACUGUAAUAUUUUUGAGGAGGGUGGUGCAUCCGAAAAUGAUCCGUUCUUCUCCUGGGGUUCGGUCACUGUCUUCUGUGAAGGAGUUUACUGUUCAAGAGUCUCUGCCGUCCCUUCCAAUUCCACCUUUGGAACAGACUCUCCAUAAAUAUGAACAGUCAAUUCAACCCCUUCUUGGGGAAGAAGAACUUCAACACACACACAAGGUUAUAGAAGAGUUUAAAAAAGGUAUCGGACCUAAACUUCAAGAACUAUUGAUAGAAAGAGCAAAAUCAACUGAAAAUUGGCUUUCACAGUGGUGGUUACAUUACGGCUACUUAAGUGUUAGGUCCCCAGUGGUUGUCAAUUCCAGUCCAGGGAUGCUUUUGCCAUUACAGAAAUUUGAAGGAGAAAAGGAACAAUUGAAGUUUGCUGCAAAAAUCAUAUCUGGAAUUCUGGAUUACAAGAUCAUGUUAGAUGAGUUAUUUUCCCUGCAAGUAUUUGGCAAGAAAAACAAACCUCUGAAUUCUGAGCAAAUAUACAAACAACUGAAGAUUAUCAAGUCUGGAUCAAAGCAUCCUACUUCACCUGUUGGAAUUUUAACAUCAGAAAAUCGAAAUGCAUGGGCCAAAAUCUAUAAAAAGUUGAUGAAAGAUAAAAAAAACCAAUCUUCUUUACAGUCUAUUGAAAAUAGUCUUUUUGUGUUAUGUUUGGAUAAACCUAUGCCAUUGACACAAGAUCCUGUCAUGAAAAUGUCUAUGGCUGGUGGAAUGAUGCUUCAUGGAGGAGGAAGUGAAAUGAAUACUGGAAACCGAUGGUUUGAUAAAACCUUACAGAUAAUCAUUGGCCAUGAUGGAGUUAGUGGUUUAAAUUAUGAACAUACAUCAGCGGAAGGCGUUGUUCUUGUGUCGCUUAUAGAUCAUGCCCUUGAUUUCUGGUAUAAGAUGAAAGCAAGCCUGAUAAAUGAUGUUGAUUUGACCAUCACAGAUUACACAAUGUUUGGUAAAGAUUUUGCAAAAUCUAUGAAGCUAAGUCCAGACGCACUUAUUCAAAUAGCAUUGCAAUUAGCUUAUUACCGGGUAUACUCUGAACCAUGUGCCACAUAUGAAAGCGGGUCAACACGUCGUUUCAAAUUAGGUCGAACUGACACAAUACGUUCCUGUACUGUCCCUUCCUACUUGUUCACUCGUGCCAUGGAUGACACUGGGGUGCCAGUCAUUGAAAAACUACAGUUCCUCCAUCAAGCUAUUCAAACUCACAAAAACCUUAUAAAUGAUGCUAUAAGUGGUCAAGGAAUUGACAGACAUCUUCUUGGAUUAAAGCUUAUAGCUAUUGAGAAAGGAAUGAACAUACCAAAUCUGUUCAUGGACACUGCUUAUGUAACAAGUGUACAUCACAAGAUCUCAAGUAGCCAAGUUUCAAGCAAAUAUAGCUGUUCUAUGAACUUUGGUCCUACAGCACCAGAUGGCUUUGGUAUAUGCUAUAACUGCCAAAAAUCUCAUAUUCUAAUUGCUGUAUCAGCACUCAAUACAAGUCCAGAUACAUGUUCAAAGAAAAUGACAAAUUCAAUCCAUCAGAGCCUUACUGACAUAUAUCACCUUUUACAGCAAGAAUCUCCUGUCUCUAAACUUUGAACUACAGCGAACAAGAAUCCUAAGCAGUAAAAAUUGUCAAUUACUUCAAAGAUAAAAAAAAGCAAAAUUUAAAAACAAAAUCAAUUUUUACAUCUAUCAUUAGCGAAGAUAUUGUAGAACACACAGAGUAUAUAACUUCACUUAGACAAUAUCUAGGUAUUCAACAUUAACAAUUCUAUGAAUAUAUUUCGGAAUACUUUAUCGCACGAGAAAAGUAAUAAAUAUUAGUGUUAGAUUUAUUCUAAAACUCCUAUUAGAGAACUUAAAAACCAGGAAAUCAAAAUGACUUUCUGUUUAAUGUAAUUUCAAUAUAAGAUAAUAAGAUUAAAUAUUUAUCACUUUAUUAGUUUCAAGAGAAUUCUUUACUUGUAGAAAUUAGUGCCUUUUAGCCAGAACUACAUAUUAUCAGUAGUUGGCUAUAAACAUGUCCACUUUUAUUAUUUCAAGUAAUAACACUAAAUGGUGAGUACCACAAAGUAGACAAAUGCUUUCAGCAGCAAGCCAAACUUCUAAUUUAGUUUCAGUUAUCUGCUUGAAGCUGUUUUACUGCAUUUAUGCUGUUAUUGGCUUUAAGAAAGCCUGAACAUGCAAAGUAGUUGUAUUCUCUUUUUAUCAAACAAAUACAACUCACAAAUAAAAUGUUAUCAAUAACUCCAGAUUGAAAACAGAAAGCUUUUUUCUACACCUCUCACCACUUUUAAAAGAUAAUUUGCCAUAUUGCUGUAAUGGAUUAAAAAAAAUCUUAUUUCCAUCAAUAUCCUGACAUAACACUUAGUAUUUGUUUUCCUUCUAAAUAAACUCCAUAUGGUUCCUCAAAAUAUAAUUCCAUGCGAAUUUCCAUAGCAAAAAAAGUAUGCGUGUACACCUGCUUAUACGCACAAGACUGGUGAUAAUAUAAUUGUCUUAAUAACUGACAUUUCUCUUAGAUAUUUAUUCCUUCGUUAGACUAAUAGCAAUGUUAUAUUUGCUUCAUUAUUCUCUGAAAAACCAGAGGUUUUAAAUCUGAGUGUUUAAUCAUAAUUUUUUUAAUGCAUUUUACACUUAAUGUCAGCUAAGGCCGUUUGCCCAGUUAUUAUUCAAAAAUAGGUAAAUUAAAUCAACAUUAAAGCAACAACA